AUGUCUGAAUUCAGCCAAAAUUCUGACCAGGAAGUCAGAAUCGAGGACAUUGAUGAAGAUGAAAUCUUAGGAAACUUAUCCCCUGAAGAGCUGAGGGAGCUCCAAUGUGAAAUGGAAGUCAUGGCUCCAGAUCCAAGAGUCCCAGUUGGAAUGAUACAGAAAGAUCAGACUGAAAAACCUCCAACGGGAAACUUUGACCACAGAUCUCUUGUUGAUUACCUGUAUUGGCAGAAGGCAUCAAGACGCAUGCUAGAGGAUGAGAGAGUUCCCGUCAACCUCUUGCCAUCUGAGAGAAACGUUGCAGAGAAGUUUGAAGAAAAUACUGGGGAUAUGGACAAUAUUGCUAAGCAAAAAAUGGCACAAGAUACUACAGAAGCAGACCGAAAAGAAACAUAUUACAAAAACGAACAUGUCGAACAGGCCAAGCCUGGUUCAGCUCAACAAUCGGGAGAAACAAAUGAAGAGAGAAGCUAUAAAGAGACAGAAGAUGAGGAAGAUGAUGAGGAGGACGAGGAGGAAGAUGAUGAUGACGAGGAGGAAGAUGAUGAUGAUGACGAGGAGGAGGAGGAUGACGAUGAUGAAGAGGAGGAGGAGGAAGAUGAUGAAGAAGAAUCAAGAAUGAAGAAGCCAUAUGGAGACAAAAACAGCAACAGUGAUCAGGUAACUAAGAAGCCAUGUACAAAAUCAGGGGAAAAUCCAGAAAACCAAGAAAACCAUGAGAAGAAAGUAUCAAAACUACAAAUUCCAAAGAAGUUAGCUGUAGAUACUAGUUUUAUUAAGUUAAGUGCAAGACCUUCAGGAAACCAAACCAAUUUAGAUGAGAGCUUGCAGAAGGUCCGGAAAAAUGAUCCAGAUGUGAAGGAACUCAACCUGAACAACAUUGAAAACAUCCCAAAGGAAAUGCUGGUGGACUUUGUGAAUGCCAUGAAAAAAAACAAGCAUGUAAAAACAUUUAGUUUAGCCAAUGUGGGAGCUGAUGAUAAUGUAGCUUUUGCUGUGGCCAACAUGUUACGUGAAAACAGGAGCAUCACUACUCUAAAUAUUGAUUCAAAUUUUAUUUCAGGCAAGGGAAUCGUUGCUAUAAUGAGAUGUCUGCAGUAUAAUGAGACGUUAACCGAACUGCGUUUUCACAAUCAGAGGAACAUGUUGGGCCAUCAAGCUGAAAUGGAAAUUGCCAGGCUUCUGAAAGCCAACCCUAAGCUGCUGAAGAUGGGCUAUCACUUUGAACUUCCAGGCCCCAGAAUGGUUGUUACCAAUCUGCUCAGCAGAAAUCUUGACAGACAAAGGCAAAAAAGGCAGGAGGAGCAAAAACAGCAGCAAUUAAAACAGCAGAGAGAGUUAAUAGCCAUGUUAGAAAAUGGACUAGGGUUGCCUCCUGGGAUGUGGGAAAUGCUAGGGGGACCAAUGCCUGAUUCAAGGAUGUAUAGCUCAAUACAAGCCCCCAAGCCGCCACCUGUCCCUAAAACUAUGCCCAUGAGCAGGAAAAAUGAACAUGCAAGAAAGCCAGACCCUGAAGAACAGAGCAGUGAGGAACCUGCCUCCUUCAAAACGGUCAAACUCAAGAGAACUCAGCGCAAGCCCACUAUACCAGAAUACGUGGAACCAGCUGAAAAAACAAGUAUCAAAGAUGUGAUCAAGACUCUUAAACCAGUUCCAAAAAAACGACCACCUCCUCUGGUUCAGAUAACCCCAAGAGAAAAGCUCUUAAAUGACAUUCGUCAGAGUAACGUCGCUUAUCUUAAACCGGUGCCAGUGCCAAAAGAGCUAGAGUAA